CAAACUUCCCUUUCCUCUUCGAUCGUCUCAGAAAUAAUGGCACCUCCGGCGCCAACCUCUUCUUCCUCAAUGACGACGACGAGACUACGACGACGAAACCUCAAGGCCACAAGAACCCACAACCUCAAGAAGAAGAACCAGAACCUUCCUCUUCCUCCAGAAAUCUCCAAAAUUCCAGACGUGUCCUCAGAAGAUUCUCCUCCUUCUCCUUCUCCGUCUUCUUUGUCGUCGUCGUCUUCAGAGAUAAUUACUACGGACGAACCUCGUCCUUCUGCUUCUUCUUCAUGCUGCUCCACUCCGAAAGGCCGGAAGUUUCGAAUACCGGAGAUUGCCACUUGUCCUCCGGCACCGAAGAAGAAGAAGCCAUCUUCGCUGUUUUCCGGUACUUGCUCACGUCGGAGGUCUCCCAUCUCCUUCUUCGCACCGCCAGACCUGGAGCUCUUCUUCUUCCUCGCUCUUCCUGAUAAUAUCUCGGUUUGAUUUCAACUUUGAUUAAUUAGUUCCAGAGUUGAUACACUUUAGGGUUAGAUAGUUUGGUUAUAUAUGAUAGCGAUCGCGAUCGCGAUUGUCACUCGCUUCAGAAGACGGCGCUUUUGAAGUGUUUCUUCUAAACUGGUCUCUAAUUAAUUAAUUACCCCCAGCAAACGAUGAGAGGUGUGUUAAUUAAUUAAUGCUUGAGAGUUUUUUUUGGAGUGGUUAAUUGGUCUUACUUAGGGAAUUAUUAACGGCAAUGGUCUUGAGAUUUUAGUUAUCUGCAUAAUCUUCUUAAUUUAGCUGGGAAUGGCUAAAUUUAGGUUUUUUCUUUCUUUUUUUCUUUUUUUUGCUCUCCUACAGAAAAGAUGUAAUCUCCUGACAUUUGAAUUAAAGUGUGAUGAGUGCAGAUUAAUGUAAUGGUUUUGGUUUGUGUUAUGUGAAUCAUUAGAAUAUUCUCGGACUUUUUUAGUAUGAUUUAAGGAUUCAAUCCGAGGUUCGUGAAUUAUGGGUUUCAGUUUCCAUAUCUCUGCAAGCUUUUCAGUUUGUUUGUUUCAGUGAACAUGAGGAAAGGCAAAGUCGUACAUAUUCUUUCCUUUUUGUAUAUGCCCGCAAAGCAAAUUAAACCCUUCUUCGUUGUC